GCUUUGCUUCCUUGGCGUAUGGCUGUGCCAAGGCAGUGCCAUCCCUCUUCUAAAUCACACUUGGCUGGCACUGUUGGGUCCCACAAGCAGUUCUCAAGACAUCAAAGAUGGCCGUGCUGCCCCCUACUGAGACAAUUUGUAUUGUCAGACCUUGCUGCCGGUGUAAAAGGUGGCAGUGCCAAGGGAUUACUGAACACUGAGGCCGACUGCCUUACCUGUGGUUAGCUGCCAGUUGGCCAGUCUGUGGCAGCACAGCAUGAUGGCCCCGCCCCCUUCCACAGGUAAUGCCACGUGUUAGAAUAGAAGCCCUCUGUUGCUGCCCAGCAUGUGUGGGCCGCCACAGGCUGGCAGACUCUUAUUAUGAUGCCCACCCGGAUGCCAGUGCAGGCUCAGGGUUUCUUCAGCUUCUUCUCUCGCUCCUCCCUUAGUCGAGCCUCUGCCCGCUCGCCGUCCGGGUCCAUGACAGAGACCGACGGGUGCUGCCAACAGCAGCAGCAGCUGACCAAGCUGGUGGAGAACCAGCCGUACGACGAGAGCCUGGAGGUGAACGACUCGGAGGAGGUGGCCAGCGAGACAGAGGAGGAGGAGGAAGAGGAGGAUGAGGACAAUGACGAGGAGUCGGACGAGUGCGGCGUGUCCCCCGAGGGCGCCUACGACCCCGCCGAGUUCAGCCAGCUGCAGGCGUCGGCCGAGAUCAAGGAGCUCUUCCAGUACAUCGGGCGCUUCGCGCCGCAGGCCGUCGACUUGGAGCUCAAGCUCAGGCCCUUCAUCCCCGACUUCAUCCCGGCCGUGGGCGACAUCGACCCCUUCCUGAAGGUGCCGUGCCCCGACGCCAAGACCGACAAGCUGGGCCUCCUGGUGCUGGACGAGCCGUGCACCAAGCAGUCGGAGCCCACCGUGCUGUCCCUGUGGCUCAUGGAGAACUCGAUGCAGCACAACGUCAUGCGGGUGAAGGUCAAGAGCCUGGAGAACGUCGAGAAGAGCGGCAAGGCCAUCGACAGCUGGGUGGAGAACAUGAGCAAACUGCACCGCGCCAAGCCCCCCGCCACCGUGCACUACAGCCGGCCCAUGCCCGACGUGGGCACGCUGAUGCAGGAGUGGCCCCCCGAGGUGGAGCGGCUGCUGGGCCGGGUGGGCCUGCCCACCGCCGAGCUCAAGUGCGGCCUGGCCGAGUACGUGGACGUGGUGUGCGCCGCCCUGGACGUCCCCGUGUACAAGAGCCGCGUCCAGUCGCUGCACGUGCUCUUCACGCUCUACGCCGAGUUCAAGAACUCGCAGCACUUCAAGGCGCUCGCCGAGGGCAAGAAGACCGCCACGGCGGUGGGCCGCUCGGGAUCGACGGACGCCGAGCGGCUGCCCUUCAACUGA